ACAACAGUGGAGGGUUCGAGAAACAACCGUGUUUGCCGGGUGCACCGCGGCGGAGGUGGGGAGGUUCCAGCUGGGAACAUCCACCCCGCUGCGGGACCCGUGGGACCCCUGAGUCAGACGGUGCGUCUUGGUCACGCUUCAUAUCGGCUGGCCUGGGAAGGAAGAGACACGCAGAGUGGGGGAAGUCCCCCACCCCAACGCAGCACACCCUCCUGGCCAUCAGAGUCGAACCCGCAGUUCGGAGGAACCGACCGCCAGAGCACCGGCACUAGGCCGGGCCGGUGGGUCGCGUUUGCCAUUCGAUCAUGUUGUGUCUCUGUUACCAGGAUCCUUUACCCAGGCGGAGGUGUCAGCAUUAUUUCAUCCGGUUAUGAAAGAGCUGCAAAAAUCUUUUAUGAGCUUGCUAUUGAGGCAAACAGCCGAGGCGACUACUUUCCUGUGUGGGGCACCUGUCUUGGAUUUGAGCAACUGAUGUAUUUGACAAGUGAAAAAACAAUACUGUCGCCAACGAAUACAAGCGGUGUGGCAUUGCCUCUGAACUUCACUAAUGAAAUCAAAGACAGUAGGAUGUUUAAAGACUUCCCAUCUGAACUCAUUGAAGAUCUGGCCACUGAGGCUCUGACAGAAAACUAUCACAAGUGGAGUUUGGCAGUGUUGACUCAUAACUCAAAUGAGGAGCUGAACAUGUUUUACAAAGUUCUAUCCACAAAUACGGAUGGAAAAGUGGAGUUUGUAUCAACUGUAGAAGCAUACGAUUACCCAAUUUAUGGGACACAGUGGCAUCCAGAGAAAAAUGCAUUUGAAUGGAAAAUGCCUAAUAUUCCACACUCUCCAUCAGCAAUCAAGACCACCUUCUACCUGGCACAAUUCUUUGUCAGUGAAGCCAGGAAGAACUUGCACAAAUUUGAAUCUGAGGACGAAGAGAGCAAAGCGUUGAUAUACAACUACAAUCCUGUUUUCACUGGGCCCAAAAUUGACUUCGAGCAAAUCUAUUUUUUCUGAUUUUUUACUCUCGAUAUAUAACAUUGCAAUAUAUUUAUGCUAAUGGCUGGUAGGAUCAUGCUUUGUGGAUGCUGUAGCUGGUUGUGCAGAUGAGUAAUUAAAUGACAGACAUUACAAAAAGGGGCCUUUUUAUAUAAUCUUUUAAUAACUUUAUGACGUUUACUUUCUAUUUUUUGGUAAGAUGUACUAUUAUCUCCAAAUUAUGUUGUAAUUUACUCCUUUUACGCUACCAGUCUGACAGAAAGACAGCUACCUACCUAAUCGCAUUAAUUAAACUGCUGAAAAGAGAGUAAAUGCUGGACUCACAUUUGACGAAUCACUGGAAACAUGCCUUCAAAUUAAUGUUGAUGUUGCUGUCUGUCUGCUACACCUAUAAAUAGGAAAUUGUUGGAAACAUUU